UAGCUGUCAUUUCCAGUAUUAUGGUGGUGGUAAUGGCCAAAGGGUUGUGGUAUUAAGGGAUUACUUUCACGUUCCUUUUCGCUGUUCUUCAGUUAUCAUCAGUAUGGCUUGAAGAGAGUGCUAGUGCGGAGAGUUUCGUUAAUGGUUGUUCUAUGCUUUAAUUAUCCCGCAUUCAAACUGUUAACUAGUCUUUCAAAAUGCUAGUUGCAAUGACAGCGAUGUUAGUGUCUGUUGCUGAGCUAUCAAACAUUUUGUCAGUGCUGGCUGUCCUAAUAUGUUUUUGUGGAAUGGUCCUUUUUAUUAUGAGGAAUAUGACAGUGUUUUGGCUUCAUGGUGAGGAGCUGAUGUUUGGAGGCUCAGUUCAUCAUGUCCAACCUAGGAUUCCUCAAAUGAAGAUGAUGAAAGUCCACAUACCUUUUACUUUCAAACUCCAAGAAACCUCUAAAUCCUCCUAUAAAGAUUUGCAGUACUCAGUGUCCAGCCAGGUGCCGUACACUCUGCAGGCAUUCUGGGGAGUCAGCAUCAGGGAGUUGCAUCUGUUCCUGUGGCGUCCGUGGAGUGCUAUCGAGGCAGCGGCACGUCAAGACUGUCUGCUCAAGGGGCACUACCAGCGGCUCGGCACUUGCAUUUGGGAUGGAGCCCAUGGAGAGAGACAGCAGACAAUGACUCUCCCCACACCUCCCCUGGAGCUAGGCACUCCUCCCAGACUCUGCUACCCAUUGGUCAUCUUCCUCAUUCGCAACAACCCAGGCACACUCCACCCUGAUGAAACCGUCAGUAUCAACAACUAUAAUAGCCAUUUGGAUGAAUCAAGGGUGGCUCUUAUCAAUGUGAUCCAUAUCAAGGACUCAGUCUGCACUCUGCCAACCUCCAUCCUGGCCCAGUACCUCAAACAAGCCAAUGGUCAACUCUCCUGCCUCAAGCAACUGUACCUGGCCACAGGCAACCCUCAGUCGUAUGAGGAUGAUGACCGCCCAGUCGUGGUGGGGGAACAGCUGUGUGUAGUGUGUCAAUACUUCCCUCUGUCCCGAGCUCUACUGCCGUGUCGUCACACUUGUGUCUGUGCCUCCUGCUUUGCCAAGCUACAGUCCUGUCCCAUGUGUCGCAGCCCCAUCAACUCCUACUUCUGUAUCCGCAGUGAGGAAUAUCUCCCAGCCACUGAGGACUUACACUCUCCGUCCAAACCAGAACCUCUCUCUCAGUGGUUACAAGAUAGACUCACCGACUUUCUUGGCUUCCACCGAUAAAUUACGUAGGGUCAGAUGCGACAUUUGAUGAAUUCUCUUUGUAUUUAAAUUUAUGUCAUUAAUGAGAUAAAUUUACAUUUGCCAUUAGUGUUUCAUAUUUAAUUUUUAUCAGGGAGGAAGCUAUUAGAGUGAGUGUAUUUGUUUGUGAGUUCUACGUAUCCCAAUACCUUACAUUGCUUGUCCUAUUUAUUUAUUCUUUAAUUUUGAUUAAAAUGUUAACAAUGACCUAUUUAUUUUGACAAUGAAAAAUAUCGAAUUUAAAAUAUUACUAGUUUAUUUUGCUUGUUACAUGAAAUAAAAAUUUUGAUUGGGUUUAUAUAUUACAUUUCAAGCCAAGGGAGCCUUGAAGUAGACUGGGACCUGUAGCUUUUCCCCUCAUAAUUUCCUAUACAGUAGUGAAGUAACAUACGUGCAUGUUUUCAAUACAUGCAUUGCUGUUAGUGGUAGCACUAAUGAUUUGGGAGUAAAAUAAUCUUUUAAAGUUACCAUAAAUUCAAUUCAACCAGUUUAUUUACCUACAAGAUCAACACAAACACUUUUUUUAUUAUUAGCAACAAAAAAGAAAUAUACUACGCUUUUCCUCCCAUGCUCUUUCUCCACUCUUAUCUAUCGCACCAUCUCCUUUUUUGUCUGAAUUAUUUCAUUUCAUUAUUCCACCGCUUAUCCCUUCAUACGAGUAAGCCUACAAUGAAUUGAAUUUUUCUACCUUCUCCUGCUUUUCAACUAUAAAUUACCAAAUUUUCAACCCUUAUUUUUACCCCACUUGUAUUUGUUGGUUCUUUAUAGAAUUAUUGUUUUAGAUUUGGUCCAAGAUUAUGGGUUAUCAUCACCCGAUAAAUAGCUCAAGAGCAUCUCUUCUCAAUCUGCAUUUUAUUUUAGAGUUCUUUGCAUUUUUUCCAUAUCCUUUUGUACGCCUAAGAAACUUGCAACACAAUUAUCAUUUCUUUUGACAAUGACUGCUUUUGAACACUUCUUGUGGCUUUUAUCCAUCGUAGCCACAUAAAGUAUGGCAAUCUUUAAAAAGGUACCUUCACCUUCAAUUCAAUUUACUCACAAAAUUAAAUCAAUAACUACGGUAGGAAUAAUUGUUAAUAAUGAAAUACAAACAAAAGCAAACAGCUGAUUUUUCUACAGGAUCCCUACUUUUUAAAAAUAGAAUUGAAGCCCUGUUAUAAGCUAUGUUUGUAUAAAUCACCAUUAAUUUUAUAUUUAUUUGUAAAUGUAUCUAUAUUUAUUAUUUUUACUUUCUGUGUGUUUUUUUUUCUUUCUUAUUUAAUACAAUUCAUGCAGAUUACUUAUCUUUAAAUUUUGUAAUACAUCUUCAAUGACUCAUCCGUAAAAAUGUUUAUCGCAGUAUGAAAUAGCAAUAAAAUGUUUGUACUAAGCCUACUUAUUAGUUAGUCACUAGGAGCUUGUUUGGCCUAUAACUCACUAGGUACAUAAUAGUUUACACUGCAGCACAAUCACAGCCACUUACCAAGUAAUAUCACUAACAGUCCCCUACUUUAAGAAAAGCAAAUAAACUUUGACUAACAUAGUUCUGACAUGAACAAUUAUUACUAUAUGCAGUUUUCAAUUAUUUCUUAGAUUUGGAUUCUGGAAAAUUUCAGGAUAUUUUAUACCAACAGUUGGAAGACCAAAUAUUAUGUUAAUACAGAUUCACUCUAAGGCUCCCUUGCAUCCAGAGAUAUGUCAAAGUGGCUAAGAAAAUGUUUAUGAGUGCUUUACCAGUUUAUUUUCAUAAAAUCUUAUACCAUGGAAUUAACUUAAUUGACUCCAAAUGCUUAUCCCUUUAAAAAUAAUUAGUAAUAAUGACUAAAUAAAUGAAUUAUUUAAAUUAUCAAAUAAAUAUGAAAAGGAAUAAAUAUUAAUGUUAUCCAAGGCUACUAAAAAGAGGUUGCCUAAGACGUGUGUAUGACGCCACCUGUCAAAUAUGUUGUUAUUGUUGUUUUUGUUUGCGUUCGCUGUCCGUGUGUUUUUAUUCGCUAUCCAGUCCGCUAUAGUCCCAUGAUCAGACUAUGGGAACAGGGGUUUAUGGGUGGUUUUAUGGGGUAAAAAUUGGUUUUUCCCAUUUUGGACCCUAAAAACAUAAAAUUUAGCAACUUCUUUCCAAACCAUUUAGUAGAGCUUAAAAAACAGAUAAUUUAGUAUAUUGAAGUGUUAGUAUGCGCCUAAUGGCUACGGAGAAAAUUCAAAAAAGUUUUUAAUUUAAAAUUCCCAUGUUAUUCUUUUGGAGAAAAUUGUUAACUGUUAUAGUUUGCUUGUUUAUGAGCAUAUUUUGAUAAGAUUUGGAAAAUGCAUAAUUUCAAACUAAACUAUUAACAUAAAAAAAAACACCUUUUUACCCUCCCUGUUGCAGCAAACCUAAGUACUUUUAAACUAAUGCUAUUUAAAUAGGGAAUUAAUGUGAUAUUUUUAAGGAGACAUUUUAGUGUAAAUCCAAUCAGGCAAAUGUAAAUUCGCUUAGUCUGCAGGUUCGCUGCGGCGGGGGUAUUUUUCCGCAUUAUAUUCUGUUCUCGGUUUUUUUUUUUUUUUUAAAUAUCUGGUUUUACAAUACCUUUAUCAGUUCCAAAAACUGAUAAACAUAGCUCAACAUAGUUUUUUUUGGAACUGAUAAAGGUAUUGUAAAACCAGAUAUUUUAUAUAUUACAGUUCCGGGGCUACAACAAUGAAAUUUUUUUUACUUUGAUUUAACUAGACAUGUUGAAAUGCCUGGUGAGGGAUGUGCUCUUUGUAGACUGUAACAAUAGCCAGAUGAAAACCCGUUAGUAACAUAGUGACAGACUUUAAAUAGUUUAUUAUUGUUUUCCUAAGGAUGAAGAACUAUGCAAAACUAGGCACACUGCUGCAAACAAGGAAAUCAAUCAUUUAAUCCUCGCAUUUCCCUAAUCUGUUCUAAAUAAUAUUUACUCACAAUGAUUACAAAAAAAAUUCAAAGCUGAACUGUUUAAUUUUGCUCCAAAAAAGGAUUCUUAAGCCAGGUGCAUUUCCACCUGUCAAACUGUGUCAAAAAAAUUAAAUUUCCAACAAGAUUUUCUUGUUAAAAAUUGAAACACAGAAAAUGAAAGCUGUAUUGAAAGUGACAAUAUAUUCAGUGUGUAUAAAUCAUUUUUUAUAAAGUAAAGUAAGAAUUAAGUAUAAAGUAAGUGUUAAGUAAUCAUGAUAUCUGGAUACCUCAACCAAUAAAAUAGCUUAUCUCAGAAAACAGGUUAAACUUUUAAACAGAAAAUUGAACUUGAUGCAGGUGAUAUAAAACAGAUGACAAAAGAAAAUUGAAACCAUUGACUAUUGGCAAUAGUCAAAGCCGAAACUUAAAAGAAAAUUUUAUAAAAUCCCUCAAACCUAUGAGAAACUUCACAAAUCCCUAACGUUAAUAUAUUAUAGCAAUAACCAGAUUAGUAUAUUACUAGGCCCGGCGGCCGACUUACGAGUGCCGCUCGUGUCUCCGCUACGCAGCGCCACUAGUUAUUUAAUUAUUAUUAUUUUCCUCCCUUUUUGUUUCUUUUUACUUUUAUAAUAUUUAUAAAUAUCUUGCUUCUUGAUUUGCGUAUUUACUCAUUUAUUUUAGCGAAUAACAAACAAUUUUUUGUUACCAUGGAAACCAGAUACAGUAUCACCAAAAAUCAGCUGUGGUAAGGUAAACAAACAAUUUUUUUUCUACGUUAUUACUUAUAAAAGUAGACAACUUUUGAUUUUUCUACGUAGGGAAUCAAUUGAACUUAAUAAUAGUAGUGUUAUUUUGUGUCUGGAUUAAUCUUGGAAUUUGUAUAUCAAGUUUACUUUAAAAAAAAAUUUUUUAAGAAUUUUUAUUUCUAUAAACUUUAUAGUUUUGGUUUUUUUUUUCUUUUUACACUUUGAUUGUCCAAUUACCACUUUUCUGUAGACAGUUUUACUGUGAACAAAAUGGUGAAAGAAUUAUUAAUUUAUUACCUUAGGUUUUAUUUCUAUGGUAAUUAGAGUAAAAGUCUACAAAUUCGGUAAAAUUAAUUGCCGACAGAGGGUGCAGCAUGCAGCACAUUAAUUCCUUCCCCAAUGGGUUAAAGCAAUGUUGACUAAUGAAGAGAUUUUCUUUGCGUUCACUUCACUUUAACCCUCCGAGUGUUAUUUGUCGAAGCUUAGACACAUAACACACUUUGUGGAGUGUUUUGUGUCGAAGCUUCGACUCACAAACACUGUUUACGACGAAGGCUCUAUGACUGACAAAAUCGGAUUGAACUGGAUCGAGUUAGGUAUCGUUUUAUUUGGCACAUUCUAAGCACUCUCCCUAGGUCUGUCUCUAAGCGCUUUUUUUUCUCGAGCCGAUCAUAAUUGUAGCAGACAGGUGACGUGCGUAUUUGUAAACAGCUUGGUUAACCUCGCACCAAUGACUGAUGUGUUUUAUUAUGUUUAUCAUUGUUUUAGUGUUAAAAAUCAAAAGUAGUGAUAUACGUGGUGCAUUAUAAGAAUAUUUAAGUGAUUUUGAAGGGCUGGUUGAUGAUCCUGAAGAAGUAGGUAGUGAUAUUGAUGUAAAUUAUCAGCCAGAUUCCUAGCUAUGGUUAGGCUAUGCAUUCUUAGCUAAACGCUAUGUACCGAAAUCUGUUUUUUGCCCAUAACUUAUUUAUUUGCAAAUCUACUUCCUUAUAUUAUUAAUUUUUUGGAAUCCUCAUAAAAUUUAGAACAAAGUGGCUAUUUUCAAAUAUUUAUAGGCCUAUAAUUUAUACAAUUUCAUUGAGCGCAAACUUUUUUUUUUGAAAAUUUUCCAAAAUAUUUUUUUUUACCUAAAAAAUUUUUUGGAAACAAUGUUCCUUAUGUUUUAUGUAUAAUAUUGAAGCCCAUGAUUUUACAAACAAAAUGGUAUAUAGAACAGUAUAAUUAACAUUGUUUUUAAGCUUCUCAGAUCCGUUUUAAUAAAACCUUGCAAAUGCACAAAAAAUAGGCAGACAUUAAGACCAAAACUAGGGACACUCGAGGGUUAAGGAAUCUGAGCAUUUACAAUCAUUGACAGUAAAAUGUGUUGAACAAAAAUUAUGGAAUUACAAGAAUUAAUAGUAUAUUUCAUCACUAGAGAGGUCUUUUUGUCCCGAGCUUAAGUUUUACGAUUGAGGCGAAACCGAGGUGGGAAAAUAAGCGAGGGUUCAAAGACACUUUUUUCCCAUGUGAUGAACUGUAUUUUUCGUCAUAUUGCACCAUUAUUUGAACAUACGUACUAUGUUACAGAACUAAAAUAGUUUUCAGAUGAAGAUGAAGAUAACCUCGCAAAACUAUUUCUAACUUGUUUUCAUUUUAAAUUGCUAAUGGAAACGAGCAGCUGUUUAGUAUGUGAUUAAAUUGUUUCGUCUAUUAGGAUUGAACAUUUUACUAUCGAUCUGUCGAACUAUUUAGAAUAAGCAACAAUAAGCUAAUCCAUUAAACUAUCGAGUUAUACUUUUGAUACAUGCGAUUGUUUACAAUCAAAAUUUAUAACUGAGUUGACAACUAAUAGCUGAUUUUAACUCCCUAGGGAGUAAAAAUGCUACUUUAAACUCGCAACGCAUACAUUAAAAACGUCUGUUUUUGCUGCAGUGUGACAAAAAAUGUCGUACCUACCUGUUGCUGGCAUAGUUUUUUGUCCUAACUCUAGGGAAUCUAUGAUAAAAUAAUUUAAGCUUCACCAGGUUCACAAUUUAUCUGGCUAUUGUUACAGACUGCUUCAGCACAUCGCUCACCAGGCAUUUGAGUUUACUUAAAGUAUAAUAUUAUUAAAAAAUGUACUUGGUCACACAGAACUUACCCAAAAACAAACAACAAUACCAACAAAAUUGGCAGGUGGCAGCUGUGUGCAUUAAAAGCAGCACCAUCCAGGUCAAUAGGCGACGUCAUACACCUGUCUUAGGCACCUCUUUUUAGUAGAUUUGUAAUGAUCAGUAGUCUAUGUUAUUAAUUCUUUAAUGAUUCUGUCCUUUACAAACAUACGUGGUAGUUUGUGUAUAAAUUGAUUGUGUAAAUAGUGUAAUUUAGUAUUAAUGCUUUAUGUACAUAAUAUAAAUAGGUAACUAUAAAGUAUCACAUUGAAUGUAUCAAAAUGCAACCUCUUUCCUUAAUAAUUGUUCAUAUUCAUCCCACUACUAGUUUCAACCUCAAUCGUUCUUAGCAUAAGUACACAAUUUGAUAUAUUGUAACCGAUAUGCAUAACGAUAUGGAGGUAACUAAUAAUUUAUGAAUCUGUGUCAAUAUACAUUGUAUUUAGUCAAUUUGGUUGUACAUAUUAAUUCUAUUCAUCCUUUUAAGCCAAACUCUAAAUUUUUACUACAUAAUUAGUUUUAUUAUUUUAUAGAGUGUUUAAAUUUGUGAUAUAGAAAUAACAUAUGGAUUGUUUAGCUUUAUGUAUGGACAUAAUAUGUAAGUUCGUAAAAUUAAAUCUUUGAUUUUUUCAA